AUGAACACAAACACAUCACCACAUCGCGGCAGUGGGCGUGCUGGCAGCAGCACGCGAAGCAGCAGCAGCAGCAGCAGCAGCCAUGCGAGCGGCAGCGGCACCCACCAUCAGCCCUAUGACGAGGAGCGACUCGAGUUGCUCGGCGAGCCCAAAAAGUCCACGACCUGGCUGCUGCUGAUUGAUCUCACCAUCAUCGGUCUGCUCGUCAUCGCCUUUUGGCCCCUCAUCACACUGCUCCUCUACAACGAGAGGUUAUUCGGUGCUCGCCUGGCCCUCCCUGUCGAGAAGACACCACAUAAAGAGGGCCACUACCAACAGCACGCGAUACCACGCAUUCUGCAUCAGACGAGUGCCACCGAGCAGAUCCGUGAUGACUGGGUCAAGCCGCAACAGAGCUGCAAGGACGCCUACAGCGAUUUCGAAUACAUGCACUGGACCGACGCGCUGGCGCGUGAUCUGAUCGCCACCGAGUAUCCCUGGUUUCUCGACACCUGGGACAACUAUCCCUUCCCCAUCCAGCACGCCGACUCGCUCCGCUACUUUGUCCUGCACCGCUACGGCGGCAUCUACCUCGACAUGGACACGUGGUGCAACGCGUCGAUCCCCAUACACCAGAUCGAGGCCGCCGGGGGCAAGGACCUGUCCGUCUUCAAGUCGACGAGCCCGACGGGCGUCUCGAACGACCUGAUGAUCACGACGGCCCGCCACCCCAUCUUCGAGGCCGUCAUCAAGCGCCUCGUCUUCUACAACAAGAUUACACGCCCGUGGUCGAGCAUCCAGCCCCACACGGCCGUCAUGAUGUCCGCCGGCCCCCUCUUCCUGACGCUCGUCCUCAAGAGCUACCUCCUCCAGCUCCCCUCGCUGCCGACGCCCUCGUUCCAGGUCGUCAACGCCACCCAGCUGCUGCCGUACCUGACCGAUCUCGAGGGCCAGUCGUGGCACCACGGCGACACGCAGGCCAUGAUGUGGAUCGGCGAGAGGCCGUGGGUGUGGUAUCUCAUGGGCGCCAUCGGUCUCGCCGUCGGCACCUACAUUGUCAACUUUUUCCUGCUGCUCGUCUGGAACCUGUGCACCAAGAGGAGGACCAAGGCGCAGCCGCCGAGCACGGCGCAACAGCCUUCGAAAGUAGAUAAGACCAACUAA